AUGGUUCGAGAAGGGAUUGUGCUUGGACACAAGAUUUCCGAGAAAGGGAUCGAGCUCGAUCGAGCUAAGGUGGAUGUCAUGUUGCAGCUCCCUGUUCCCAAGACUGUGAAGGACAUAAGGAGUUUUCUGGGUCAUGCAGGGUUCUACAGAAGAUUCAUCAAGGAUUUCUCAAAGAUAGCAAGACCCUUGACAAGGCUUCUGUGCAAGGAGACAGAUUUUGAGUUUGAUGAAGAAUGCCACAAGUCUUGGACCUUGCUGAAGGAUGCUCUGGUAUCUGCGCCAAUAGUUCAAGCUCCAAACUGGGAUCACCCAUUUGAGAUUAUGUGUGAUGCAUCUGACUAUGCAGUAGGAGCAGUGCUUGGCCAAAAGAUAGACAAGAAACUCAAUGUCAUCUACUAUGCAAGCAAGACUAUGGAUGAUGCUCAGUGCAAGCACAUCUUCGCUAAGAAAGAUACAAAGCCAAGACUUCUCAGAUGGAUCCUUUUGCUUCAAGAGUUUGACAUAGAAGUUGUGGACAAAAAGGGAGUAGAAAAUGGAGUUGCUGAUCAUCUCUCUAGGAUGCGAGUUGAAGACAUGAUCCCCAUCAAUGAUUCUAUGCCUGAAGAACAGCUUAUGGCAAUCAUGAUCUUGAAGGAGAGUUUUGAUGAGAAAGCCAGGCUGGAAGAAGUUAAGGCUCUGCGUGAUGAGAAUUUGCCAUGGUAUGCUGAUAUAGUGAACUUCAUGGUGUCCGGAGAAGUCCCUAGUAGCUUUGAUGCUUACAAGAGGAAGAAAUUCUUCAAGGAUGCUAGGCAUUACUAUUGGGAUGAGCCUUACUUGUACAAGAGAGGACCAGACAGCAUUUACAGGAGAUGCAUAGCUGAAGAGGAUGUACAAGGAGUUCUAGAGCAUUGCCAUGGGUCAGCUUAUGGAGGUCACUUUGCUACAUUCAAAACAGCAACUAAGGUUUUGCAAUCUGGGUUUAUGGUGGCCUACUUGUUUAAAGAUGCAGCAAGCUACAUUGCCAAGUGUGAUCCAUGCCAAAGGAAAGGAGGGAUCACCAAGAGAGAUGAAAUGCCACUAAACCCAAUUCUAGAAGUUGAGAUCUUUGAUGUAUGGGGAAUAGACUUCAUGGGACCUUUCAAACCUUCUCAAACGGGCACAACUACAUUUUGGUUGCUGUAG